AUGGAAGCCCGUCCCCAAACCACGUCCGCAAACCCUCCCAGCGUGGAAAUCGCCUACAAGCGUAAAUGCAUCGCGCUGAAGAAGCGUCUUGCCGAGGUCGAAGCCGAGAACGAGAUCAUGCGCACCCGCAAUCGCCGCGGGUGGCAAUACAUCCAGAAAAUGCGCCUCGAAUCCUGCAUGCUCCUCGAGCGCCUCGCCAAAGUCACCGGCAUGGCCGACGAAGCUCAAGCCGGCUCUGCAGACCCAGAACUCCGCGCACGAGCCGCAGCCAUGAUGUCCAAUGCGUCGCUGAACGGCCUCGGCGCACAGGGCAACGGCACAUAUCUGGAGGAUGAUACCGAGGGGAGCUCGGACGAGCAACCUCCCACUCCGGAAGAGCGUCCUCUUCGCGUUAAGCGCUCUCGGAAGUCAAACAUCAAUGCCGAAGGCGGCGAGGAUGAAUCCGCCGCCCCAGAGGCCCCCGAGCACGGCGAUCGCGAAUCCGGCUCUCUCCCUCGUCUCGCACCAGCCCCCAGCCAACAGGACCUGACAUCCUCAUUCCGCGUACAAACCGGACCCAAUGGUUCUCCGCACGAAGAACAUACCCCUAGCCAGGACAUUCGGGAAGGACAUCCGGAGCAGAGUCAAGAGGGAAACGAGGGGAAUGAAGGGACGACUCCUAUGGAUAUGGAUACCAAGGAGCCAAAGGUUGAG